AUGGACUUCGACGAAUGUAGAAUGUGCAAACUCUCCCGGCCUCUACUUUGCCGGAAUGUUUUAUUAGAGGGUAUUGUAUUGGCGUUAAUAUUCACGGAUCUUGGCUUUUAUUUGCUGUCACUGCUUAAGCUUCCAGCACUUUCUACCGAGGACAAAUUGGAAUAUCAUUUCUAUCCCGUCGCUAGUGGUCAGCUUCAGUUCCGGGUAAAAUCUCCGCAUGAUGUUCAUGUUGCUCUUACAACGGGUCCCGAGGCCGGAGAACCGAUGUACGAGGUUUUCAUUGGUGGAUGGAACAACAGCAAAUCCGUAAUCCGUAAAAACAGAGCCAAGCCUGAUGUUGCUGAGGUAGAAACACCUGAUAUCCUCAAUGGUGACGAGUUCCGUGGAUUCUGGAUUAGAUGGGACGAUGGUGCUAUAUCAGUAGGUAAAGAAGGUGAACCAAGCUCAUUCCUUACAUACGCCGAUCCAGAACCAUUUGGAAUUGGUUACUUCGGUGUGUGCACCGGUUGGGGUGCAUCUGGUGACUGGUUAAUCGAAGGACAUGGCGCAAUCAAGACACGAGAUGAGUUAACCUACAAGUUUCACAAUGUACGGAGCGGCUCGGUCCUCAUCGAGGUGAGGGCCAAGAGCAAUGCGCACAUCGCCCUGACCAACAAGAAAGGCGAAUCGAGCCCGAUGUACGAGAUCCUGCUUGGAGGCUGGGAGAACAUGGCGUCCGUCAUCAGAUACGAUCGCAAACAGCCUGACAAGGUGCGCGUGAACACGCCAAAUUGGCUCGACGGCCGUAUCAUGGUCAAGGCCGGUGAUCUUAACGGUUCUGUGAUCAUGGAAUGGCAGGAUCCAAAGCCAAUUGGCGUGAGCUACGUGGGCGUACGCACUGGUUGGGGUGCAACCGGCAAAUGGAAGCUUCGAACCGUGCAGUACCCAUCCCGCCCGGCUCCCAAUUCUAAGAACACGAACCCAUCAGCUCCCCCACGUCAACCGGCGGAAUAUGUGGAAGUGGGAAAAGUUUGUUGGGUGGAUGCGACCGGUGGAAUGCUUCCUCCAGCUGCAGUCGAAGGUGGAAAGGAUGAUGAAACCCUAUACGUGGGCAGAGCCUAUCAUGAGGGUGCUCUUCUGCCUGGUAAAGUAAAGCCAGGGCACUCUGUGUGCUAUGUUGCAUGGGGUGGUGGCGAACAUGGAAAGUCUGAUUACCAGGUCCUCUGUGGUUGUGAACCCGCAUGGGUGCCAACGAACGGAAACAACAUUCCUCCCAAUGCAAUUCCAGGUGGCGAAACAGAAGAUAACGAGACACUGUAUGUUGGUCGUGUAGAGCACAGCGGCACUCUAACGAUCGGCAAGGUGCAACCCUCGCACAGUGUGUGCUACAUACCUUAUGAAGGUGUCGAGAUCGCGUACCCUGAAUAUGAAAUCAUGGUUGAAAAAUAAAUAUGUCACGCACCCGUCCAGCGAGAGAUUAGAGUUAGCUGCACCGACGACGAUGAAUCUGUCAAUGAAUUUUAAUUGCCUUAAAAUGACUUUAUUUCAGAGCGCAAUGAAAUAUCAGAAGUAGGCUAUUUUAAAAGUCCCAAAAAAACAUUUUAUCUGUGUAUAAUUAUCCUGAUUGAUAGCGCCCUGAAAACGAUUAAAUAUGUUUCCAGUCCAGUAAUCGAAUCUCGAUAAUUAUCCAUAUUUCAAUAAGGGGGAGGGAAACAAUGUAUUAUAAGAUUAACGAGAAUCUCCUACGUGUGCAAACUAGUCUAGAUAUGAAUGGGCGGAUUUGAUGUUCACAUUUCAUCGGUCAGUCGGUGUACAACGGGCGUAUACUUCCGCACAAGAAUUGAAAUCACAAUACGUGUAGAACGCGCAAAUCAAACUGACAACUAUAUGUGUAGCUUGGCUAUGAAUGCGCUAAUAAUUAGCUGCAUAUGCUAUCAUUAAUUCCUAUUGAAUGUUUAUGCAGUUCAAACUAUGUUGCUUGUUGGUUCCUGUUCCGAACGGAGCAUCGCAAAAAAAAAAAAUGUAUUUGAUUAGCCUUUAUUUUAGUUACGAAGCAAUAAAUGAUAUUUCC